UGAGGCAAGAGUGCAUUUGUUGUGCCCACGGACGGACUUGAAUGCUCCACCAAACGCUGGCUGGCUCAUCCUUUUCUUCCUUCCCCCAUUCCCUUCCCUUCCGUCUCCGCCUCCCCUUCCUCCCUCAACGACACAACCGCCGCCACCACCAUAGCCUCCGCUCUCCUCCACUCCUCCACAGCCAUGCCGUCCUAUGCGCACCACCACAGCUCUCUGGACGAGAGGAUGGACGCGCUCAAGGGUAGCAGCCGCCACGACGAGUCGGCCGACGAGGCGGCCGCCGCCGCCGACGCGCCGGCGGCGGCGGCCUGGGGCUUCGCCGACAAGGAAGGCUUCUCCGUCGAGGACCUGCUGGACCUCGAGGAGUUCUGCGACGGCGAGGGCGAGGCCGACGCCAAGGACGUUCCCGACGAGCACGAGGCGCCGCCGGCCGCCGCGGCGGCGGCCAAGCAGGACAGGUCUAACAACGACGGCUCGCAGCAGUCCGUCGUGUCCUUCGACCUCGCGCCUCCCGCGCCGGAGAUUGUUGACCUGCCGGCGCAUGACGCGGAGGAGCUGGAGUGGGUGUCGCGCAUCAUGGACGACUCGCUCUCCGAGCUUCCCCCGCAGCCGGCGCCGCCCGCGUCCAUGAUGGCGGCGCGCCCGCCGCCGUAUCAGCACCGGCAGCAGCACCUGCUUUUGCAGCAGCGGCGGCCGCAGGACGGCGCGUACCGCGCGCUGCCUAUGCCGUCGGCGUGCGACCAGUUCCGGACGCCCACCAUCUGCGCGCUGUCGACGGAGGCGCUGGUGCCCGUGAAGGCGAAGCGCAGCAAGCGCUCCAGAGCGUCUGCGUGGUCGCUCUCUGGCGCGCCGCACGACUCGGCGUCGUCCUCGUCGACCACCUCCUCCAGCUCCUCCUCGUCCGCCUCCUUCUCGCCCUACUUCCUGCUGGGCGGCUCGGACCACCACCUGCUGCUGGACGAGUACAGCCUCCUGGGCGGCCCGCCGCCGCCGCCAUCCAAGAAGUCCAAGCACGGCAAGAGCGGCAAGCCCAAGAAGCGCGGGCGCAAGCCGAAGCACCUCCCGCCGAGCCACCCCGGCGGCGGCACGGCGGGGUCCCCCGGCCCGAACGACCGGCGCUGCAGCCACUGCGGCGUUCAGAAGACCCCGCAGUGGCGCGCGGGGCCCGCGGGCGCCAAGACGCUCUGCAACGCGUGCGGCGUCCGCUACAAGUCCGGGCGGCUGCUCCCGGAGUACCGCCCCGCGUGCAGCCCCACGUACGUGAGCACCGUCCACUCCAACUCCCACCGCAAGGUGCUCGAGAUGAGGCGCAAGAAGGAGGACGGCCCUCUCUACCUCACAGGCGCCGCCGGCGUCGCCAACACCACCGCCGUGCCGUCCUUCUAGCCUGGCGGCUAGCUAGCUUAGCCACCCCGCGGUGGCUGUACAUUUUCCAGGCCGUAUCCGUUAGUCUUUGUACCGUACCUGAACUCUUUUUUUUUUCCCAUUUCUUCUUUUCUUUUAGUAUUAUAAUCGUCUUGCAGGAUUAAUUAGAGUCAGUCUAGGAGGAGGUUUAGGUUAUGUUAGGUUUAGCAAGAAUUCGGGUUUGCUUCCAAGUGCACCUUUAUUAGUUCGUUAGUACUAGUACCAGAGUAGUAGUACUGCUACGGCAGUAGCAGUGCAGCAUUAGCUCAGAACUUUAUUUC